AUGACAGCUAAACACCAAUGGAGGGGCCUGCUGGUCCUACUCUGCAUCGUGUCGCAAUGCAGCUUUGCUACCAAAGUGGACUCCUCCACCCAUGAGCAAGCAGUUACCUUCAGCCAUGUCUAUAAUAUUGACGUUCCUGGGGGGUCCGAUUGCAAACUGGAGCAUCCGCAAAGUCAGGAUGAAAAAGGUCUGCAGAUGGAGACCACACCGACUGGAGAGAACAACGUCAUUUUCAGGCACAAGAUCAGGCUGCAGUCUCCCACAUGUGACUGUGCGGAAUCUGAGAGCUUCAAGUCUCUCCUCUACAGAGUGAAUGGCUUAGAAGAGGAAGUCAACUACCUGAAAAGCCAGUGUGCUCAGGGAUGUUGUGGCAGUGGAGGUGCAGUAGGUUUAGACACAAGCUGCAGUGGCCAUGGCACCUACCAAGAGGAGACUUGCAGCUGCCAAUGUUACCCAGGAUGGGAAGGCCCAGACUGCUCAAUAUCUUCCUGCCCAGAUGAGUGCAACGACAAUGGCCGCUGCGUAGAUCGCAAGUGUGUCUGCUACCAGGGAUAUACGGGAGAAGACUGCAGUGAGCAGAUGUGCCCUGACAACUGUAACGACAAGGGGCGCUGUGUGGAUGGAAAAUGUGUUUGCUUCCCGCACUUCACUGGCGACGACUGCAGUGUCCAGAAGUGUCCCAAUGACUGCAGUCGGAAUGGCCUUUGUGUGAAUGGCCAGUGUGUCUGUGACCAGGGCUUUUAUGGGGAGGACUGCUCAUUAGCUCUUAGUCCUCAAGGUCUUAGGUUGGUCCAAGCAACUGAUAUCUCCCUCCUGGUACAGUGGUUGCCAGUAGCUGGUGCUGACUAUUACGUUUUAACUUAUCAUCCCCGAGGACAGGGGAGUUCCUUAAAGCAGGUUCGGGUUCCCAACAUGGAUAACUCCUAUCUCAUCACGGGCCUGACAUCUGGGCUUACUUAUUUUGUUGAAGUUCAUGCUGUCGUCAAAGGAAUCCAAAGUGGGGCGGAAGAGAUUGAAGCUACAACAGUUGUCUCAGCAGUUAGUGACAUCCGAGUUCUUGACCGGAGCGACGUCUCAAUCCAGGUAGACUGGAGCAACCCACAAGCGGAGGUGGAUUACUUCCGGCUCACACACAUUGACCCAUCAGGGCAGGAAGAGGAGUUAAAUGUCCAGAAAAGCCAAGAGGCGAGGACAAAACACACCAUCGUAGGCCUGUAUCCUGGAACAGAAUACCUGAUUGCAGUGCAGGCUAUCAAAGGACCGAUAGAGGGAAACGCUUCUUCUGUAAUAGGUUCUACAGACAUCGAUGCUCCAGCGAACCUGAUUACCACUCAGGUAACAGAAGAUACCGCAAUGCUUUCUUGGGACCCGGUUCAGGCCCAUAUUGAAGGCUAUAUGUUGACGUACACCUCGGAUGCGGGCUCCAGUGGCGAGAUCCCGGUCGGGCGCGACAUGACUUCAUAUAGGCUGGUUGGUCUGAAGCCUGGUGUGGUCUAUACCAUAAAUAUCUGGGCGUUCAGUGGGGACAAGGUCAGCAGGAAGAGUUUCACAACGGCUGAGACAGAGAUGGAUGGUCCAACUAACCUCUUGGCCCAGGGAGUAACAGAGAGCAGCUUCAGGGUGUCUUGGGAAGGUGUCCAGGCAGAAAUCGACGGCUACGUGAUAAGCUACCGUUCUCCUGAUGGCUCAAGCGAGGAAAUCCCAGUUGGGCCUAAUAGUAACAGUUACACAUUAAAAGGCUUGAGGCCUGGAAUCAUUUAUACAGUCUACGUCUGGGCUGUCAAGGGCAACAAAGCCAGCAGGAAGGUCUCAACGCGAACAGGAACAGAAUUGGAUGCUCCUUCUAACGUCUUAGCCCAUGAUGAGACAGAGAGCAGCUUCAGGGUAUCAUGGGAAAGCGUCCAGGCAGAAAUAGACGGCUAUGUACUAAAGUACCGUUCUCCUGAUGGCUCGAGCGAGGAAAUCCCAGUUGGGCCUCAUGUUAGCACUUACACAAUAAGUGGUUUGAGGCCCGGAGUCGUCUAUACAGUUCGUAUCUGGGCUGUCAAGGGAGAUAAAGCCAGCAGGAAGGUCUCAACACAAGCAGAGACAGGACUCGAUGCGCCUACUAACUUCAGAGCCAAUGAUGAGACAGAAAGUAGCGUCAGCGUAUCAUGGGAUGGUGUCCAGGCAGAAAUAGAAGGCUACGUCCUCACCUACACGUCCUCAGAGGGGUCGAGUGGUGAAAUAUCUCUGGGACCAGACGCCACUUCCUACAGCUUGACAGGACUGAGACCAGGUGUGAUCUACACCGUCUACAUCUGGGCCAUCAAGGGAAACAAAGUCAGCAGGAAGGUUUCAACACAAGCAGAAACAGAACUUGAUGAUCCUGCAAACCCUUUAACCCAAGACCAAACGGAGAGCAGCUUCAGAGUUUCCUGGGAAGGCGUCCAGGCGGAAAUCGAUGGCUAUGUCCUCACCCACAGUUCCUCGGAGGGCUCCAGUGGGGAAAUCCGCGUUGGUGCCGAGAGCAAUUCUUACAGUCUGAGUGGUUUGAGGCCCGGUGUCGUUUACACAGUCUACAUUUGGGCUGUCAAAGGAGGCAGAAGCAGCAGGAAGAUCUCCGUCCAAGCUGAGACAGAAAUCGACACUCCGAGGGACCUCCGGGCUCUGAGUGUCACCACUGAGUCGGCCAUGUUGACCUGGACUGCUCCUUUGGCUGACAUUGAGGGCUACAUCCUAACCUACAGGGAUGAGAAUGGCAACAUGGAAACUGUUGAAAAGCAGCUCAGAGCCAGAGAGACCAGCUUUGCCAUAUCCGGCCUCCUGAUGGGGAAGAGAUACAUAGUCAGCAUCAUAGCUUACAGAGGCAACAAGAGGAGCAAAGUGGUUGAAACCAGCUUCAAAACGGUUGGCCUGCUCCACCCCUACCCCAUGGACUGUUUUCAGAUUAUGAAAAAUGGCUUUAAGAAGAGUGGCAUCUACACUGUGUACAUCAAUAAUGUUAACUCCAAUCCAAUAGAGGCAUACUGCGACAUGGAUACUGAUGGAGGCGGCUGGCUGGUCCUGCAGCGCCGCACCACUGGCAAACUGGACUUCAUGAAACGCUGGAGGCAAUAUGCGGCUGGUUUUGGCAACAUGACUGACGAGUUUUGGAUUGGACUGGAUAAGAUAUACCAGAUGACCAACACGCCCAUCCAGUACGAAGUGAGGUUUGAUUUGGGUCUCGGUUCCGAGAGGGCCUACGCCGUCUACGACAGCUUCAAGAUCGCCAGUGCCAGGCAGAAGUUUGCACUCACCAUUGGUAGUUACAGAGGAACAGCAGGUGACGCCAUGACCUACCACCAAGGUCGGCCCUGGACAACUAUCGACUCAGAUAACGACAUCGCCCUAGGCAACUGCGCCCUCACGCACCGCGGGGCCUGGUGGUACAAAAACUGUCACCUGGCCAAUAUCAACGGCAAAUGGGGGGACAACAGGCACAGUCUGGGGGUGAACUGGGAGCCGUGGAAAGGCCACCUGGUGUCCUUGGACUUCACUGAGAUGAAGAUCCGACCAGUGGGAUCGUACUCCAGCAGGAAGAGGCGCUCGUUGAAGAGCCAAAAGAUCAUCGUCAGUUAUCAAGACAAGUAG